AUGUGUCUUUACUUCUCAGGAAUCAGUUUACUAACAGUCCCUUAUGCACUAUCAAGAGGAGGGUGGUUGAGCUUGGUGUUCUUUCUCUUAAUUGCCGCUUUGACUUUUUACACUGGCAUUUUGCUAAAGAGAUGUAUGGAUGCUGAUCCAUCAAUUAGACACUACCUAGACAUUGCUGAACGAGCAUUUGGUAAAAGAGGUAGACUAAUAGUUUCAAUCAUCAUGAGCUCCGAGUUGUUCCUUAUUGGAAUAGGGCUUUUGAUUCUAGAAGUCGACAACUUAGAGAAGUUGUUUCCAAAUUUUGCGGUCAAGAUUGGUUCACUGAUAAUCAGUGGAAGAUGUUCAUUUGUUAUCAUUACAGCACUAUUGGCUCCAUUUUCUGCGUUGGUACACUUGGUGGCGUUGGAUUUGAAGCGAAGGGAACGUUGUUAA